AUGUACACACCGCGGGAGAGUCACUCGAACGAGCCGCGAGAUGCGCGCGACGGCGGACAGGCGGAGGGGGACGAGGGGGGGACGGAGGAGGACACGGAUGAUGAGGAGGAGGAGACGGAUGACGAGGAUGAUGAUGACGGGGAUGAGGAGGAGGAGGAUGAGGGGGAUGAGUCAGAGGAUGGUGCAGAAGACGCCAUUCGAGACGACAGCGAUGUCAAUCUGGCCGCCAUGCGGAGCCUCAAGGCGUCGCGCAGCGGCAGGGGCAUGGUGUCGUUCGCGGACAGGCGGAGGGGGAGCGACGAGGACGGGGAAGGGUAUGGGGACGGGGACGGGGAGGGGGAUGAUGCGUAUAACGAGGAGGUGGAGCAGCGGGAGAAGCUCGACCAGGAGGUUAUCCAGGCCAUGUACGAGCGGGUGAAGCACAUGGGAGAGCUGACGGACAACUUCAAGAACCUAUUCUUCUUCCUCUGCUACACCUGCCUCUACCUCGCCGUGCUCUACCUGCAAGCCGACGCCUCCAUCUGCUACCAAGUCACCACCGCCCACAACGUGCUGCUGCCGCCCGACUACACGGCAGCAGCAUCCAUGACCAUGAACAGCCCAGACGACUUCUACACAUGGCUCAACGACAGCAUCAUACAGGUGGUGUGGAAGGACCCUCCCUGUGGCAACGGCAUCUGCGAGCGUCCCCUCGAAUUUGAAGCAUUCGGUCGCUUCGGCUGCUCUGCAGACUGUGGGGGCCUGGCAGCAGUGACCACCGUGGUGUGGAAGGACCCUCCCUGUGGCAACGGCAUCUGCGAGCGUCCCUUGGAGUUCGAAGCAUUCGGCCGCUUUGGCUGCUCUGCAGACUGUGGGGACCUGGCAGCAGUGACCACCGUGGUGUGGAAGGACCCUCCCUGUGGCAACGGCAUCUGCGAGCGUCCCUUGGAGUUCGAAGCAUUCGGCCGCUUUGGCUGCUCCGCGGACUGUGGGGACCUGGCGGAAGUGACCAGUGUGACAGUGCACCUCACCACCGACUUCCACUCCCCCACUGACGCCGCUGCCUCCUCCUGGAACCUCUGCCGCGACGCUCCCUCCCCUCUCUGCUGUGCGCCUCUGCCACUGAUGCCGCUGCCUCCUCCUGGAACCUCUGCCGCGACGCUCCGUCGCCUCUAUGCUGGUGGGUACUCCUCCUCCCCUCUCCGCCUUCCCUUCUCCUCCCUCCCUCCCUCCCUUCUCUCCUCGCUCUUCUCUCGCCGCUUUCCUCUGGCGGAAGUGGCCAGCGGGACAGUGCACCUCACCACCGACUUCCACUCCUCCAUUGACGCCGCUGCCUCCUUCUGGAGCCGCUGCCUCCUUCUGGAGCCUCUGCCGCGAUGCUCCCCGCCGAUAUGCUGGUAUCUCCCCCUCUCCGCCCUCGCCGCUCUGUUAGUACCCCCCUCCCCGCUCCCCUCUCCCUUCUUUGCUGGUACCCUCCCAUCUCCGCCCUCUCCUCUCUGGUGGUAUCCCCCCUCUCUCUGCCUUCUCCGCCCUGCUCGUAGCCCACUUUCCCCCCUUUUUCUCGAUCACCUCUCCCCCCGCACCAGGUACGCAGAGGAUCAGCAGUUCACAGAGCUGGCAUCGGACACGCAAGUCACACUCGCACUGCCACACGGCUCGUGGCCUGCUCGCGCUUUGCAGGCUGUCUGGCCAACUACUGUGGGCCGAGCGGGUACUCCCCUGCACCUCUCUCCUCGCUCUUUCUCCCCAAGUUCUCCCCCCUUUCUCGCCCCCGCCUCUCCUACCUGCCUGCAGGCCUGCUCGCGCUUUGCAGGCUGUCUGGCCAACUACUGUGGGCCGAGCGGGUACUCCCCUGCACCUCUCUCCUCGCUCUUUCUCCCCAAGUUCUCCCCCCUUUCUCGCCCCCGCCUCUCCUACCUGCCUGCAGGCCUGCUCGCGCUUUGCAGGCUGUCUGGCCAACUACUGUGGGCCGAGCGGGUACUCCCCUGCACCUCUCUCCUCGCUCUUUCUCCCCAAGUUCUCCCCCCUUUCUCGCCCCCGCCUCUCCUACCUGCCUGCAGGCCUGCUCGCGCUUUGCAGGCUGUCUGGCCAACUACUGUGGGCCGAGCGGGUACUCCCCUGCACCUCUCUCCUCGCUCUUUCUCCCCAAGUUCUCCCCCCUUUCUCGCCCCCACCUCUCCUACCUGCCUGCAGGCCUGCUCGCGCUUUGCAGGCUGUCUGGCCAACUACUGUGGGCCGAGGGGGUACUCCCCUGCAGCCCUCUCCUCCCUCUUUGUCACCUGCGCCUCUGCCUGCAACGACAACCCCUCCCUGCCCUUUCUGCCGUUUAGCGACUUCACAUGCGCUGAGCCCUUCACCUCUGCCCCUGCCUCCAUGCCCCUCUGCCCCUGUCACUAUACCCCUCUGCAUUGUCACUACUAUGCCCCUCUACUCUGUGCUCCUCUCGCCACACAGAUCAUCAAUGCCACUGCAGACAGCCUUGCAGGCUUUCAAUCCCCCCAAUUCAACGCUCACCACAGGGCUGCCGUCACACCCUUGCCUCCUUUUUCUCCCUCUGCUUUUCUCCAUCGUCUCCGCAUCUCAAACCAUCACAUGAAGAACGGAAAACUCUCUCCUUCUGCCCUCACCAAAGUCUGCUCCUUGCUGUCUUUCACGUCAUCCCUUCCCCUAUGCUCCUGUUCUCACACCCCCCUUCUCAUCCCUUUCACCCUUUCCACGCCCGUUCCUACCCAUUCUCACACCUUCCCAUUCUUCAGAGGAAAGCUCGGAGCCUCUGGGAGCGGGCAGCACAGGCUGUCAGCCGAACCUCUUCGAACACCCACACCCACGAGUCUACGACUGCACCUCCUAGCCACCCCUUCCCCUCAACCCCUCCCCCAUGCUCCUUCCCCCCCAGGCAACGCCACAAGCAUCUGGACCCACCUCGGCUCCACCAACGCUCAGCGAAUCACGAGCCUCCACGUGGCAGUCGCCCGAGCCAUCUACACAGCUGUCAAGGACGAUUGCCUCGUCGGCUCCCCCCUCUUCUCCCCCCGGGCCAACCCCUCCUCUCCCUCCUCUCCCUCCUCUCCCUCCUCUCCCCCCUCUCCUUCCCCUCCCCUCUCUCCUUCCUCUAGCUCCUCCUCUCGUCGCUCCACCCGCCCCUCCUCCCCCGCUAUCCUCCCGCCUGUCAUCCUCUCCCCGUCCUCUCGGUCCCGCCUCGCUGCCUUCCUCUGCGUGCUCUUUGCCGGGGAGGAAGCUGCUCGGAAAGUGCCCGAGUGCAAGUACAUGUCAUCGUGGGACGGGCGGCAGCUGGUGUCUGCUUCUGAGCUGGCGGCGGACGUGCCUUGGACUGUUGCGCUCAAUCAGACGUACCACUUGUCUCGGGACCAGGCGGCGCGUUUCGUCCUUCUCCUCACCGCAGCGCUCAAGUCCGUCGUCCUGUUGCCGGACGAUGACGUGGCAGAUGCCGCCCGGUUGCUGCAUGCACUCGACCCUGUGGUCGUGGACCCCUCCCUGCCUUCCUGCGGCACCACCGGCCCCACGGUGAUGUGGGGGGCGAGCAGGCAGCCCAGCACGGUGGUGCCGGUGGGGGAGCGAGUCACAUGGGUGUGGGCGGACGGACAGCCACAUGCCAUCAACGUGGCGGGAUUCGGGGAUGCAGCGGCCACUCCUUUCUAUGGCAUGGGCAGUGGGCGGUUGGUGGUGAGUGCUGACGUGGCAUGCAGUGCGGAGAACGUGGGGACCACGGCGACGCUCAUCAACGGCUCACACGCCUCCACCGCCGAUCCUGCGCCGUGUGUCCUGAGUCCCAGCAGCAGCACUGCUGCCUCGUCCCCCCCCACCCCCUUCUCCUACACCACGGUCUUCCCUGUUCCCGGGACCUUCGUCUAUGAGUGUUCACGCGUGGGGGAGCCUACGCGGGGCUCUGUCACCGUUCUCCCUCCCUCUUCCUCCUCUUCUGCCUCCUCCUCCUCCUCCUCCUCCUCUCAUUCCCGUGCCGCCAUUGGUCAGCCCAGCAAGCCAAUAGAAUGCGCCCCAGGCUGCCUCCUCUCCUCGCUAGCAGACGGAAAAUGCAACCCACCUUGCAACGUCGACGCGUGUUCUUUUGAUGGCGGGGACUGCUCAUGCGCCCUGCCGGCCACGUCCAUUCCCGAGCCUGCAUCCGUAGCUUCAGGCUCGGUCCCAGGCUCGGGGUUAGGUCCGGUGGGAUUCGUGGCCCGGCCGCAGUACUGCCCCUGUCCUCCGGGACAGGUUCGGUCGGACGAAGGAGCAUGCUGCAUGACGUCAGCCAUAGGGGAUGGUCUCUCCUUCCCCUUCACCCUCGCCAUGUUCUUCAAUGCCACGUCAGCAGCGACGUCGGCUGGCAAUGCCACGUCAGCAGCCACUUCUGGUGGCAAUGCCACAUCACCAGCCGCGUCUGCUGCCGUGGCGGCGGGCAAUGCGACGUCAGCAAAUGGGACCGAGGAGGUGGCGCUGUCUCGCUUUGUGGCGGAACAGAACAGGGUGCUGAUAGGACUCAAAAUCGAGCAGACCCGGUGGGACGCCGUAACCUGCCAGCCAUACAGGUUCUCCUCCCUGUUCCAGCAUUGCUUGAACGGCAUAUCCACCGCCCCCUUUGGCGUCAACCCGCACUUCCUGCCCUCCUCCUCGCUCUACCUGCCUGAUGCCUACGUGGCGCUCAACGACUCGCUGGCCAGCGCUGACGUGGACACCAUGCAGCCAAUCGCGACGCGGCCCGACGGCGUGCCCUAUGGCUUCCAAGUCGCCAAGGCGAACGAGAAGGUGUUUCCGGUGAUAUUUGACAUCAAUCUGGACAACGAGGCGGCCACACAGCGACUGCAGUAUCUGGCGGACAGCUUCUUCAUCGACAAUGCCACGCAGUCUGUCUCCGUUGCCAUGCUCACUUACAAUGGCGACUCAAGUCUGUUUGUGUACACCACCGUGCGACUCAACUUUGAGAUCGGGGGCAAGAUAGCGGUGACAUACAACGUGGACCCAGUGGACGUGGAGCUCUACUCUUCCAGUGCCGACUGGGUGCGCCUGACAGUGUCGGUGCUGUAUGUGUGCGCUGUGGUGUGGAACCUCAUAGAGGAGCUCGUGGAGGCGUUUCAAUGCUGGCUGGAGACGGGCAGGAUCACAUCGUACUUCCAAACGCUGUGGAACUGGCUGGAUGUGCUCUCCCUCACAAUCCAAUUCAUCGGCAUUAUCAUGUGGUUCAUCAUAUCAGUGCAGCUGGCCGGUGGCUUCCAGGUGCAGCCUCGUUACGACAUCUACGUUGCAGGGGACUCGCCCUUUGUCUGGCAGCUGCAGUACCCCCCAGUGGGCUACGAGCAGGCGCAGGGAGUAUAUGACUCUGUGAGGAACCUUGUGCAGUGGCGCUCCAUUCUCGUGUCACUGCAGGGAAUCAACGUCUUCCUCUUCCUGCUGCGCCUGCUCAAGCUCAUGGACUUCCAGCCGCGCAUCGCCAUCCUCACGCGAACCAUGGCAGCCGCCUUCCCCGCCCUCGUGCAUUUCUUCCUGCUCUGGGCCAUCAUGUUCAUCGGCUUCUCUCUUUAUGCAUACGUGGUGUUCGGUCGGACGCUAGAGCAGUUCAGCACAGUCGCCAUGUCCAUGGUAUCAUGCUUCCUCAUUCUCAUCAACGACAACAGCACCGGCUACUACUUCAUACAGCUGGAGGGGUGGAACCUCACAGCAGCCAUCAUCUUCUGGGUCGCCUACAUCAGCGUGAUGGUCUUCGUCAUGCUGAACGUGCUCAUCGCUAUCGUGGUUGACGCGUUUUUGGAAGUCCGGAAAUCCACAGAGGAAUCACCAGCAUUCCCAGUGGACAUGUGGUAUGUGCUGCGCAACGUGCUGCUGCGCCUCUCAACAGACUACUGGAAGCCGGGAAGGCUGCAGCGGCACCUGCUCAUGCUGGGGGCAGAGGACGUUGACGUCACGCUGGAGGAUUCAGUGGUGGCCAAGUCAGUGGCAGCUCUCAAGGAGGGCUGGAAUCGAGUCAGCCGCUGCUGCAGAGGCCUGGGGCGGAGCAAGCCACGGCCGCGCAGGGUGUUGCGCGUGGGCAAGCGGUGCUUGAAUGCCGACGCGCUGCUGGGGGUGCUGGAGCGCUGUGCUGCCAACAGACCUCCUGGGAGUGACUCCGUGCGCGGAGGAGGUUUCAGCUUCAAGCGACAGACCGACCCCGACCCUACCAUUGAGGUUCGGCCCAUAGCUAACGUCAUCUUGGCUCAGUUUGGAGAGGUGCUAGAGGGGAUGUCAGCCCCGGUGGCACCACUCAGAGACCAUGAGCAGCAGCAGCUGGAGGAGGAGGAGGAGCACAGAAAACUCAAAGAAGCACUCACUAAGGUGUCUAGAGACGCUGCUAUGACAGCGGAGGGACUAGAAGUGCUCAAGGGGGAGGUGCAGCUGCAGAGGAGGGCAGUGAGGCGGCUGCAGAAGCAGGUGGUACAGCAGGAUAUGAGAGCGAUUGAGCAGGCGAGCGCGCUGCACCAGCAGUUGCUGCUGCAGCAAGAACUAAUUCUGCGUCUGUUGAAUUCCCAGAGCGACUCGGACGCUGCUUGA